CAUUUACCCUCUCCACACAAUACAAACCUGACUAGCUAGCUCAGUAGUACUAUACUAUAAUUUCCCCCAAAAACAAAAACCCUCAAAACCUCAAACACAACAACAACAAUGGACGGUGUCUCGUACCAACGUUUCCCCCGUAUCAAAAUCCGCGAAGUGAAACACGACUACAUGAAAUUCGAGCUCCGAGACACAGAUUCCAGCAUAGCUAACGCACUUCGUCGCAUAAUGAUAGCCGAAGUCCCAACCAUAGCAAUCGACCUCGUAGAAAUCGAAGUGAAUUCUUCUGUAUUAAACGACGAGUUUAUUUCACAUCGUUUAGGUUUAAUACCAUUAACGAGUGAGCGUGCUAUGAGUAUGAGGUUUUCGCGUGAUUGUGAUGCUUGUGAUGGUGAUGGACAGUGCGAGUAUUGUUCGGUUGAGUUUUACUUGAGGGUUAAGUGUUUGAGUGAUCAGACACUUGAUGUUACUAGCAAGGAUUUGUUGAGUUCGGAUCAUACUGUUGUUCCUGUUGAUUACUCUGAUGGUCUUGAUAAUGCUACUAAUAAGGGAAUCAUAAUUGUGAAGCUACGACGUGGACAGGAGUUAAGGUUAAGAGCUAUAGCAAGGAAAGGAAUUGGCAAAGAUCACGCAAAAUGGUCGCCUGCAGCAACUGUGACUUUCAUGUAUGAACCAGAGAUCUACAUUAAUGAGGACAUGAUGGAGUCCUUGACUCUCGAGGAGAAACAAGAAUUAGUUGACAGUAGUCCCACAAAAGUCUUUGCCAUUGACCCUGAGAACAAACAGGUUAUUGUGGUUGAUCCCGAGGCAUAUACUUACGAUGAUGAGGUGCUCAAGAAAGCUGAAGCCAUGGGAAAACCUGGACUUGUAGAGAUACAUGCCAAGGAAGAUAGUUUUAUUUUCACGGUCGAGACAACUGGUGCAGUUAAAGCUUCACAAUUGGUGCUCAAUGCAAUAGAAGUGUUGAAGCAGAAGUUGGAUGCAGUACGUCUUUCAGAUGACACCGUGGAAGCAGACGAUCAGUUUGGAGAGUUGGGUGCACAUAUGCGCGGAGGGUAAAACCUCGUCGGUUGAUUUUGAACUUCUUCACUGAUUAAAAUCUGCUAAAAUCAUCGAUGUUAAAUAUAUGUCUGGUAACAAGACAUCCAUGAACUACUUACCCAUUUUCCCUUUAGGACGACUUAUCUCGACUGAUGAUGGAAAUGCAGGAAACUGUUUCUGUUUGUUGAAAGGACUAUGUUUUUGUCCAUCAUCUUGUACUGAUAGUACUAAACUUUUGUUGGAUUCCAUCUCACAAUGGAUCAUCAAUCCCCAUCUAUGUACUGACUUGCUAAGA